CAAUUCACAAGCAACAUAGGAUACUAAUUACUAGCUAAUGACUGAAAUUAACAUGGCUACUCAUAGCAAUUUCAAGAAUGCACUGAUUGCAUUUUUAGCCCCUCUUCCUUCUAUUCUCUUCUACCUCUCUUUCCUUCAGCAUCACAAUGAAAACAACUCAUUGUGGAACUGGUGCAAUCACCAUCCACUUUUGCUUGCUAAUAUCAUGUUUUUCCUCAAUGUCAAUGUCCUCUUUUGGUUCAUUUCUCUUCUUCAAUCAAGCCUCCAUUGGAUGAUAGGUUUGUACUGGAUGUUGAUUCCAGUAAUGCUGCUACAUUUCUAUGCAAAUCAUCCAAUGGCACAGUACAAUCAAUUGAGGUCAUGGACUGUGACAAUUUUGACAUGUAUUUGGAGUAUUAGGAUGAUUCAUAGCUACUUCAGAAGGGAAAAUUGGCAGUUGGGAGCUAGGCAAGACUGGAGAUACAUAGAUAUGAGCCACCAAUAUGGAAAGAACUGGUGGUGGAUUUCUUUCUUUGCAAUUUAUCUCUCUCAGCAGGUUUUACAGAUAGGGAUCUGCCUGCCUAUGUAUAUCGUCCAUAUAGUGGAUAAGCCAUGGAGCUUUUUGGAUUUCAUUGCCAUAGCCAUCUGCCUCUCCGGCAUUACAAUAGCCUUUUACGCCGAUACACAGCUCAACAAUUUUAAAUGCAGAAAUAAAAAACUGAAAGAACUUGGCCAGCCAAUGGUUCCAAAUCUUGAAAAAGGCCUAUGGUGUUACUCAAGACAUCCAAAUUAUUUUGGUGAACAAUUGUGGUGGUGGGGAUUGGCCUUAUUUACAUGGAAUUUGGGCCAAAAUUGGAUAUUUAUUGGUCCACUUAUAAAUAGCAUUUGCUUGGGAUACGUUACUAUGCUUGUGGAGAAGAAAAUGGUUAGAGAUAACUACAGAGCUGAUGCAUAUAAGCUCUACCAAAAGACUACUUCUGUGUGGAUUCCAUGGUUCAAGUCUUCCUCAAAUGGAAAAGAUAAGAAAAAUUGAGUCCAUAUUUAUUAGUACUACUUGAUAAGAAGACUGAAACAUCAAUGUAUUGUAAUUUGCUUUGUAUUUAUUUCUCUUGUAUGAUUCAUUUGCUUGCUUCUGUACUAUGAAAAAUGUGCUAUUUGUUCAUAAA